UAAACCUCCAAAGGAAACUGUUGACACCUGGAUUUAACUAAGCAAACAGACUCACCUGGAAAGUCUCAUGCUGAAAGAACCUGAAGUUCGAUAGUUUCUCCCAUUAACACAGUGUGGGAUUUAUUCUCUUGUUCCACCACGAGACAAGAGCAGCGCUUCACUUCUAAGGAUUGAGGAGCCACCACAGUAAUAAACAUGUCCAACCCAGCUCCCACUAACAGCACUCCAGCCAACGACAACUCUACCCCACAAGACAAGUGUAUUGACGAUUCGCUGCAUAUCCCGCUGGGGGUGGGCUACUCCGUGAUCUGCAUUCUGGGUUUUGCUGGAAACCUGGUGGCUCUGUGGGCCUUCUUUAUGGUUAAAUCCAAGAAGAACUCCAUUCGUGUGUUUCUCAUCAACCUCGUCUUUGCCGACCUACUGCUGGUCUUCUGUCUGCCUUUUCGGAUUUUCUAUCACACUCAUAAUGACACCUGGGAUAUGAAUCCCAUCCUGUGUACAAUAGUAAGCUGCCUUUUCUACACGAACAUGUAUAUUAGCAUCAUCCUGCUGGGGCUGAUCAGCGUGGAUCGAUACUUGAAGAUCAACUGCAGCAUAGGGAUGCAGCGACGGCUUCUGUCUCCAAAGUCGGCUCGUGUCAUCUGUGCUGUUGUCUGGGUUGGUGUCUCAGCUUUCACACUUUCGAUCUACAUGUGGAAACUGUCAAACCCAGAUCGCAGGUGUUUCCGCUACAAGACACUCCAAGACGCAAAAUGGAAAGCCUACAUCAACAUGUUGGCGAUCUUUAUCUUCUGGAUUGUAUUCAUAGCUCUGAUGGUAUCUUACGGGAAGAUCGCCAUGAAGCUCCUGAAGCAAUCAAAAGAGAGACCAGACAUGCCCAACGCGUCUCGCUACGCUCGAACUGCCAAGAAGUCCUUCUUCAUCCUCUUCGUCUUUACCUUCUGUUUCGUCCCCUAUCACGUGUUCAGAAUCUUCUACAUCGUGACACAGAUCACAAACAGCUCCUGCUCCUCGAUAAACUUGGCAGACAAAACCAACGAGGUGGCGUUGCUAUUUACUGCCUCCAACAGCUGCCUGGACCCCAUCAUGUACUUCCUGUUUUCCUCCUCAGUGAGAAAGGAGAUGCGGCACAUAGCGAACCGUGUGUUUUGUGUACGAGAUGUUGCCAUCGGGGACAGCACCAUCUCCUAUGAGAGGCAUUAGAAGAUUGAAAGAAACAGUUAAAUAUAAAAAUGUAAUCAGCGUGACAGUAUUUUCCAAUGACAUUUCCCCCAUCUUACAUGCCAAAACUCAUGAUGGGAAAUAUUCCAGAGACCUUGGCGUGUCAGCCAAGAUGAGACAAAAGGAUGAUGAGGAAUUAUCAGCACACACACUCAUUUGCUGCCAAUUCUCUGGAGGAUCAUCUGGAAUUUUCCAGACUUUUCUAGAUUUUUGCACUUUGGCGCUCCCUAGCAACAGUAAUUCAGCAUCCAUCUUGCAUCCUGUCUCUUCUCUGAACUCUCUUCAGCCAGUAUAAGUCAGUCUGGUGUUGACUCUUGUCUUAUCUCUUGCUCUGCGUAAUCAUUGGAUCGGACACGGCGAAAUGCACUUCUGAAAAACGAUAUUCACAAAACUCUGGUCUACAUUUUCCAUUUAUUAUUGGAUUUCUUUCCAAAUACAUAUAUAUGAUGUGACGUAAUACCAAAACUUCCUGUUAUUUUCAUAACAUCUGGUCCUUGUUGAGCAUGGCAGUGCCAACGGUCUUAAGGUUAGGUGUGAGAGCUAAUAAGCCUUCAAAAUAGACCAAAUGUGAAUGCUUUACUUAAUUUACACUCUAAAUAAAACUAACUAAAUAAAUCAGUGUAUUGGGGAGAAAUCCAAGUGUAUUAAUCCAUUUUCUCAUAAUCAAAUAUUUAUCUGAUAAAGCAUGUCAGAUUAUGAUGUCCGACACGAUCACUUUAUUAAUCAAAACUCCAGAAAUGGGGUAAAUUCAGGCUUUUUGAGUGCAUGUUAGCAGGCUCAUAGUUUUCUGGGGUAUCUUAGUUGAAUCAGCCUUGGUUUGCAUUCAAAAUGGCCAGUGUGUUGAAGUCCAGGUACCAUAAAGCAAAACACAGCAGUCACCUGAAGCUCCAGGAUGGACAACAAAGCUGUGAAUUCGAUUCAGCCAUCUGCUGCCGCAGGGAAAUGACAGCUGCAGGAAUGUACACAGUGAAUGCCAGUGUGUUGUAAGAGUGGAAAUGUAUGUAGAGUUGCUUUAAAAACAAGCCUGGGAAUGGCUUACUGUACAUGUGUAUGAGCCAGGUGUGCACUGCAGCUCAAUUAGACGUGACUAACACACUGAUUUUAUGCUGACGUGAAUGCAGACCCACCACAGACCACGCCUCCAAGGGUGGUGACUUUUUGUGGAUAUGUGAACCAAUGUCAAAGAAAAACUUACACUACAUAACACAAUCAACUGUCCACUGUGAAGUCAAAACACUAAAAAAAUGUGUAUGUCCGUUUAUCCGGAUACCAUGUGCAAAUAACUAGAAAAGUUUCAAAAGGAUCACAUGAUGAAUCUCCAGUUUAGCUCUGGAGAGAAGCAGCAUGUUCAUUUCAUACUUAUCAGUGGGUUAAUCUGGUCAACCAGCAGACAAAACAGUAAAUGGUCGUGGAAUAUUUAUCUUUCUGUCCAGUGCUGCUGACAUAAAACCACUGAGACACAUGCCAAAAGCUUUUUGUCUUCUAUGAAUAUUGACUAUUUCUAUGCAUUUUAUAUGUUUACCCAUUUAUAUGUAUAACCCCAACUCUGUUUUUUAUCUUUUAUUUAAUAAAUUUAAAU